AUGACAUCAGGCAGCGCUAUGCCCAUCAAAGUUGAUGUGCAUCUGAUGAGUGGGAAGUCGGUAUCUUUGCUAACGGAAGCAGACGGAACUGUUCAUGAUUUGAUCAAGAGUGCCCGAGGCGCACUGGGAGUUGGGACGGGCAGGCUGUUGACCUCAUCAGGGGAGAUGCUGGACGGUUCAGCAACUGUGACACAGGUACACUUGCAGGACGGCGAUGAGCUCACCUUGCAUGUAGGACAUGUUGCUGUCGCAACUCACCUUUCGUCCGAAACUUGCGCUGCACUCCUCGGUGAUGGUUCCGUGGCAACUUGGGGCAGUGCUUCCUCUGCUUGCGACAUGAAGUCACUGCAGGCUCGGCUGCAGGCCGUGCACCAUAUCCAAGCUUCUCAGCAUGCUUUUGCUGCGAUUCGAGCUGAUGGCUCUGUGGUGACUUGGGGCGAUGCUGAGUCUGGUGGCGACAGCAGUGCUGUGCAGGAUUCUCUGCACGAUGUGCAGCAGGUCCAAGCUUCUGGCUCAGCUUUUGCUGCGAUAAGGGCUGAUGGUUCCGUGGUGACCUGGGGCCAGGCUGACUUUGGCGGCGACAGCAGCGCUGUGCAGGAUCGGCUGCAGAAUGUGCAGCAGAUUCAAUCUUCCGAGUUUGCUUUUGCUGCGAUCCGAGCUGAUGGUUCAGUAGUGACUUGGGGCCAUGGCUCAUUUGGGGGCGACUGCAGUUUAGCCCAAGCUCAGCUGCAGAACGUGAAGCAUGUCCAAGCGUCUCAAACUGCUUUUGCCGCAAUCCUGGCUGAUGAUUCUGUGGUGGCCUGGGGCGAUGUGGACGAGGGCGGCGACAGCAGUGCGGUGCAAGAUCUCCUGCAGAAUGUGCAGCAUAUCCAAGCUUCGUUAAGAGCUUUCGCUGCCAUCCGGGCUGGUGGAUCGGUGGUGACAUGGGGACAUCCUACAUGUGGCGGCGACAGCAGUGCCGUGCAGGAUCGGCUACAGAACAUAGAGCAAAUACAGGCUUCUGAGUUUGCUUUUGCGGCGAUAAGGGCUGAUGGUUCUGUGGUGGCCUGGGGCCACGCUGACUUUGGCGGCGACAGCAGCGCUGUGCAGGAUCGAUUGCACAAGGUACAGCGCAUCCAAGCUUCUCGCCGAGCUUUUGCUGCGAUCCGAGCAGAUGGAUCUGUGGUGUGUUGGGGCGAUGCUCGCUACGGUGGCAAUGGCAGUUCCGUGCAGGAUCGGUUGUACGACAUUAAGCAUGUGCAGGCCUCUUCGUUUGCUUUUGCUGCGAUUCGAUCUGAUGGUUCUGUGGUGACCUGGGGCGACGCACGAUCUGUUGGCAACAGCAAUACUGUACAAGAUCGGUUGCAGCAGGUGCAACAAAUUCAAGCUUCCCAGUAUGCAUUUGCUGCGAUUAGGGCUGACGGCUCUGUUGUGACAUGGGGCUGGGGCCGUGCUAGCGACAGCAGUCCUGUGCAAGAGCAACUGUUGACAGUGCUUCCGUAA